UAUAAAUGUUUGAAGUGUGAGGAAGGUUUCCUGAACAAAGUAGAAAUGCAAAAACACAUGAAAGUUCAUAAUGGAGAGAAACCCUUUCAAUGUAAUGUAUGUGAGGAGACAUGUUCCACUCUCUUUCAACUGGAUGUUCACAUACGCUCUCAUGUUAGCGAGAGACCUUACAAGUGUGACUUAUGUGAGAAAACAUUCAAGAAUAUUUUCAACCUCAAGAAGCAUCUACCAUUGCACAAUAGUCGUACACAGAUCCAGUGUGAGGUUUGUGGUAAGAACUAUACCAGUUUGAAGAGUCUUGAAAGACAUCAGAUUCAUCAUUUAGAUGAAAAAGACAAACCACAUCAGUGUGAAAUCUGUGGCAAGGGAUUUGCUGAUCCUUAUUAUUUUAAAAUUCACAGUCGCAUUCAUGUAGGAGAGAAACCAUACCAAUGUGAAACUUGUGGAAAAGCUUUUGGUCACAGCAGUACAUAUCAUAAACACAUUAAGAUCCAUGAAGCUAAGAAGAAUUUCUACUGUGCUGACUUUUGCCAGAAGUAUUUUAAUGCUGCUUAUGAUAUCAAAGUCCACAUGGCUGUCCAUUCUGGUCUGAAACCUUUUAAAUGUGAUAUAUGUGGCUAUGGAUUUGAAAAGAGAUCACACCUAGGUAUCCACAGAAAGAAACAUAGAGAUGAGAAACCACAUCAAUGUGAUGUUUGUGGAGAAGGGUCAUUUGGAGGAAACUUUUACUUGAAAAUCCACAUGAGAACUCACACAAAGGAGAAGCCGUAUAAAUGUGAUGUUUGUGGAAAGUCAUUUACUUCUCCAGCUAGUCGUAGAAAUCAUAAAUUAUCGCAUGGUGGUGUAAAGAAUUUUAAAUGUGACAUUUGUGAGGCAGCAUUCUACACUAAUGCAAUUCUGCGAAAACACUUAAAGACACACUCUGGUGAGAGACCCUUUCAGUGUGAUACAUGUGGUAAAGCUUUUAAAACAAAGGGAACUCUCAGAGAUCACAUUAAAUUUCAUGUUGGUGAUAAACCAUUUAAAUGUGAGCUUUGUGAUAAAGCAUUUGUUCUUAAGACAGCAUUGACAUGUCAUAAAAGAACACAUACUGGAGAGAAA